AUGCGUAACUUUGCAGUUAGAUAUAGUACUUUCGAAAAAACUCUAUCAGAAUAUGAGGAAAUUGUUCAAGAUAUCGUUAUAUUAAAACAAGAGAUGGAGCCAGAUGCUGGCGUUGCAUACCAUACGCAUUUAGAUGAAUUUUAUGAUCUCUACUCCAAUAUUGAAUAUUUAGCUUCAUUAUUAAUAAAUAAACCUGCUGUUUUGAGUAAUAAUCCCAAUAGUACUAAUAAUUCUACUAUUAAAAUGCCCAAAUUUGAAUUAGUUAAGUUUGAUGGUGAAGAUAUAUCUCUGUGGCCUGUUUUCUAUGAAAAUUUCAAACAAUUUGUUCAUAACAAAAUAGAAUAUCCCAAGUCCGAUAAGCUACAGUAUUUGUUGAGUUGUAUUUCCGGGAAAGCCUUGAAAAGCUGUAGCUCAAUAGAACCCAUUCCUAAUAAUUAUGACAUUAUUUGGAAUAUGCUUGUUGAAAGAUAUAAUGAUAAAAAAUAUUUGUUUAAUCUCUAUAUGGAUUGA